AUGUUUUAUGUUCUGGUGCAUGUCCUUUCACCAAAUGUUUACAGAACUCCACAAGAAUCAUUACAGGCUUUCAAGUGGUUCUGCAAGGUUGGAAACUGGGAAGAGCACUUUGCAAAAUGGGAGCAGUUAUUAGUUAUUUACGUUGGUGCAGCAGCAAUGUUCUUCAUUGGUAAAAAUUUGAAAAGAAGGCAUCAGUUAAAAGAUGAUGUAAGAGAGUCCUUCUAUGAAGAUGUGAACGUAUGGUUAAAGGCUUUGAAGAAGAAAGGCACCAAGUUCAUGGGUGGUGAUGAGCCUUAAUUUGUCAGAUCUAGCAGUUUAUGGAGUACUGACAGCUGUUGAAGGAUGUGACGCUUUCGAGGACCUCAAAAAUAAUACGAAGGUUGAAUCAUGGUUCAAGAGUAUGAAAGAAACUGUAAAAUUUCAUGGAGGAAGUAAUUUGAUUGCCCAGAGAGUAAAUGUAGCAGAUGCCUAACAUUUUGCAAAAUAGUAUGCUAUGUUUUAAAAGUAUGUUAUCAAUGAGUUUGUACUAUAAAGCGUAUUUUUAACAGUAAAUGUUGGCGUGCAAGAA